CACUAACAACUCAAUCUGCAGGAUGGGAUCACAUCAUGGGGACGAUGAAACAAACGCCAUCCUCCUCAAAAUCCUACAACACAACAUCCGAGUUAAAUCAGUACAAAUAGACGGACUGCGACGAGUACAAGAGGACAUAGUGGUACCUCAUCUCAAACCUCUGUUAAAAGCUAAGAAUCUGUACUCUCUGUUGGGACUAGUAGGUAAAACUCAUGAUGAUCUGGAGGUACUGGACGCGUUUGAGAAGAUAGACAUUAAUAUAGAACAUCUGGGUAAGAAGAGCGAUGUAAACGAGGUAAUGCUGAGAGUAGCUGUUAGUGAGAAUAGGAGGAACACGUUCGGCAUGAACGUGUCAGGUGAUAGAGGACUCAAUGAUGGUAGUUUAAAUAUUUACGGGAAAGUUAGGAAUCUGUUCGGGAGACUGGAAUCUGUCCGUGUUAAUUACGUGAAGGGAACGAAGAUUUCAGAUGGUUGCAGCAUGAUCUUCAAUAAACCCAUCUUAUCCCAGAAAAACUCUAAUUUCAAAGUUGUAGCGUCAAAAGAGAACAUGUUAAACAGGACUGCAAACUACAUGACAUCCGACGUUAAGACUAACAUGGUGUAUCAAGUUGGGAUGUUAGGAGGUAAGAAUGAGUUUGAAGCAGAAGCUCUCUGGCAACAGAUCCACGGUGGGAACGUCUCCAUGAAGGUCAGAGAAGAGUUUGGUCAUCAUCUGAAGUGCGCCGUGCGGCACAAGUAUGUGCGCGACACACGCGACGACCUCCUGGUCCCAACUACCGGUUCAAAACACUCAAUAGAAACAGAGCUAGCUGGGUUUAUGGGUGAUGUGAACCAUGUUAAAGUCAAUGUGGACUCUCAGAUUAACACUAAACUAUUCCUGGGUUACUCUGGAGCUCUGUCGUUCCGAGCUGGUCUGAUCCAUGAACUGAGUGAGAACAGGCGGACGUGGAUAACAGACAAGUUCUUUUGUGGGGGCCCUGGUUCAGUUAGAGGGUUCUAUGAGGACGGUAUAGGGCGCCCACUUGGGGGCACCAUGCAUUGGGGGGCUGGGGUAUCACUAUCUCGCAAACUCCCCUUCUCUCCCCAUAUCUGGGGUCUUGGCAAGUUCAUGCGUAUAAACCAUUUCGUUAACGCUGGUAAUUUAGGAAAUGAUAGAAAGGACUUGUUCGUUGAUCCGAGAGUAUCAGUUGGUUCCGGUGUUAUUAUGAAAAUAGCCAACUUUAGAAUGGAGAUAAAUUAUGCGGUUCCUAUCAGGUAUCAAGCUAGUGAUGUGGUGAAUCACGGACUACAGUUCGGCAUCGGAAUUAAUUUCAUGUGAUUUUGUUGGCGGAAUUAAGGUUAUAUGCAUUUUGAUCCGCGAAUUAGGAUUUUAUACGAAUGUCACGUUAGAAUAAAUAUUUGGAUGUUUGAGUUAAGAUAGCGCACUCUACUAUUUUCUCAUUUCAAUUCACGUCGAGGGCCGUUUUGGUAAACGAGUUAACAUUCAUACUUUCCUGUUUUGUUGAUAUUGUAUUGUAUAUAAUGUGUUGAUAUUUGAUUCGAGAUCGUAACAUGUUUAUAUUUGCUGA